AUGAAAGAAAAUGAAAAGGAAGAAGAAAAUAACAUAACAACACCUUUUGAAUUAAAUAAAGAUUUUGGAGGAGGAAGCAAUUUUGAAGUUGAUAAAACCUUUGAUUUAUCAGAAAAUGAAAAGGUUAAUUCUGAAAUAAAUUUGUUUUCUUCUACCAGUGAAGAUAAUAAUAAAAUUAUUAAUGAGGUAAUCGAAGAAGAAGAAAAAAAAUUGUUUGAAGAAAAUUUAUGGAAUUGUGAUGAGGAUGAAAAUAAUAAUGAGGAGGAAAAUAUUGUUGACAAUGAAUAUAAACAAGAUUUAAAUGAGGAUAAUAAUGAUUGGGGAUGGAAUGAUGAGGAGAAUGAGGAGGAGGAGGGAAAUAAUGAUGUUGAUGAUCAAAAUAAAGUUGAGAAGGUGGAAAAUAAAUUUAAAAAAGAGGAAAAUGAUUUAUUAUUAAAUAAUAAAGAGGAGGUAGAAGAUACUAAAAUUAAUAAAGAUGAAGAAAUUGAUGAUAAGCAAGAUGACUUUGAGGGAGAUGAUUGGGCUUGGAAUGAUGAUGAUAAUGACCAAAUAUCGACAGAGAAGACUGAUAAUAUGUCUGUAAAGUGUGUAAAACAACACAUUUCCAAUUUGAAUCAAAAAGCCAAUAAUGAACAAAAAGAUGUUAAAUCACUUUUUGAUGACUGGGGUGACUUUUAA